AUAGUAACUUUAUCCUUGCAAACGCUCAGGUGGCUAAAGGAUUCCCCAUAGUUUACUGUUCCGAUGGCUUCUGUGAGCUUUCUGGAUUUGCACGAACGGAAGUCAUGCAGAAGAGCUGCAGCUGUAAAUUUUUAUAUGGUGCUGAAACAAAUGAGCAGAUGAUUCUUCAAAUUGAAAAGUCACUGGAAGAAAAGAUAGAAUUCAAAGGAGAAAUCAUGUUUUACAAAAAGAACGGUGAGUAUUAUUUCAUUCAUCAGACAUGCUGUGAAUGUAGCCAUUAUUCAGUGGUUAUGUAACAACCACUAUUUAUUUUGCAUAUGAAUGUUCAGAAGGCCACAUAUAUGUAUAUGCAUGAAAGUACACUCUGAAGUUGUGAAACUUAUUAUGAGUUUUUGUUAAAUUCAGUUUAAAGUAGAUUAUAUUCCACAUUGUCCAUAAUUUGGGAUUGUAUUCAAAUACUAACCCAUGAUUAUGGUAACAUGUAGCUUGAGCUCAUGAAACAAAUUCACAAUGCAGCUGAUUCAAUCUGUAUUUCACAACUUGAUUGUGUACCAUUUGAAAUUGUCAGCUGAGCUUGGGAGAACCCUCAAUGAAAAAUAUUGUACUGGAGGUGGGAUGAUGUGAUAUGAGUGGUAGUGCUUGAUCUGUGAGGUUCUUUUCAAACAUGAUAAUUAUCAUUUCAGUCACAGAGUUAUGA